AGAAGGGGGAGCAGAAGCAGAAGUGCGGCAAGAAAAUUUGAGGCGGGAUCUUUCGUUCUUUCCUCUUUCUUUUGGGUAAAGUCUGUGCGGAGGCAAGCUCAAACGGAGAGAGGGAGCGGAAGAGAGCGCACGGCGCACAGAUGCAAGGAGGAGAGGGAGAGAGACGCGCAAAUUUCCAGUGGUACACUGCCUGGAUACACGCAACAAAAACUCUGACUGAUAAGAAAGGAUGGUUGUGAGGAGAAUCAGAUGAGUUUAUGGGACCUGGCAAAAAAAAUGAAAUCAGUCUUUAUUUAACUACUGCGUGUUUUUGGAGAAAAAGCAAUGCAGUUGCUGAUUGAGUGGCCAGAGCAUUUCUUAAGUUAAAGGUGGCACUGAUCUUUUUUUUUUUUUUUUUUUUGUAGCCAUUUUUCCAGCAGGACUAGCAAGUAGAAAAUGACGGGACUCUUUUUAACAAGAAUGCUGAGAGUUGCCACGGUUUUUGUGCUGGCGGCGCAGCACGUUACCGGCAAGACGCUGAAAUAUCAGAUCUUCGAGGAGCAGAAGGUUGGCACUGUAAUCGCCCGCUUGAGAGACGACGUCGCGGAUGUUUUGGCAAAACUUCCCAGCUCGGUGUCUUUGCGCUUCAGAGCGAUGCAACGGGGGAGCUCCUCUUUCCUUACUGUGCGUGAGCAGGACGGAGAGAUCAGCAUCAGGACCAAAAUCGACCGCGAGAAACUCUGCGAGAAGAAUCUUAACUGUUCCAUCCAGUUCGACGUCCUGACGCUCCCCACCGAGCACCUCCAGUUGUUUCACGUCGAAGUGGAAGUGCUGGACAUUAACGACAACGCGCCGCAUUUCGCCCGAGCCCUAAUCCCCAUCGAGAUCUCAGAAAGUGCGGCCAUUGGAGCGCGCAUCCCCCUGGACAGCGCCACAGACCCUGAUGUCGGUGAGAAUUCCUUAUACACUUACGCACUAGAGCCAAAUAACAACUUCAAGAUAGACGUGCAGUCUAGGAGCGACGGAGUUAAGUACGCCGAGCUGGUGGUACUUAGGGAGCUGGACCGGGAGGUGCGCUCCAGCUACGAACUUCAGUACACAGCCUCUGACAGGGGCGUUCCCCCAAGAACAGGAUCGACCCUUCUCAGAAUCAGCAUCGCUGACUCUAAUGACAACAGUCCGGUUUUUGAGAAGUCCUCCUAUGUUAUAAAUCUCCCUGAAAACUCACCUGUUGGCACUCUGCUUAUUGAUCUGAACGCCACGGACGCGGAUGACGGCACAAAUGCUAAAAUCGCAUACUCAUUUAGCAAUCACGUGUCUCCUAAAAUUAUAGAGACGUUCAAAAUUAACACCGACAGCGGUCACCUGACCCUCAUCAAGCGUGUUGACUAUGAGACAGUAAAUUCUUAUGACAUUGACGUGCAAGCUCAAGACAUGGGUCCAAACUCAAUGCCUGCUCACUGCAAGAUCUUGGUCAAAGUGGUAGAUGUGAAUGAUAACAAACCAGACAUCAGUAUUAAUUUUCCCUCUCAGGGGAAUGGAGAUGCAGCUUAUGUGUCUGAGGCAUCUCCGCUGGACACAUUUGUUGCUUUGGUAAGAGUGGAAGACUUGGACUCUGGGUUAAAUGGAGAAGUGGAGUGUAAACUUCAUGGUCAAGGUUAUUUCAAACUGCAGAAAACCUAUGAGAACAACUAUAUGAUCUUGACCAAUGUGUCCCUGGACAGAGAAAAGAGGUCAGAGUUCAGCCUGACUGUUGUGGCUGAGGACAGGGGGACCCCGAGUCUCUCCACAGUCAAACACUUCACAGUGCAUGUUACAGAUGAAAAUGACAACCCGCCACGCUUUGAGAAGGGACGAUAUGAGAUCUCCAAAUCGGAAAACAAUGCCCCUGGAGCGUACCUGACAUCUAUCACAGCCACUGACCCUGACUUGGAUGCAAAUGGACAGGUGAGCUACUCCAUCUUGGAAAACUUCAUUCAUGGAAGUUCCAUUUCCACUUACGUCACUAUAGACCCCUCUAACGGUGCCAUCUAUGCUCUGCGCACAUUUGACCGGGAGGAGGUGAAUAAUAUAUCCUUCGUUGUGCAAGCCAAAGACGCAGGUAAAUCUCCACUUACCAGCAACUCUACUGUUGUUCUGAACAUUCUGGAUGAAAAUGAUAACCCCCCAGUCAUUGUGGUUCCACAGUUGUGGAAUUUUUCAGCAGACAUUCGUGCUUCAAAGUUCACAGAGGCUGGACGUUUAGUGACGGUGGUCAGAGCGACAGAUCGUGACACAGGAGUCAAUGCUGAGCUCAUCUGCUCUAUUGUCAGUGGCAAUGAAGAAGGGUACUUUGUUAUUGAGCCGAGAACAUGCAAGAUCCAAGCCAACACCAGCCUAGAGAACUUCCCACAUGAGCAUGCUGAGCUUACUGUGUUGGUCAGAGAUCAGGGAACUGAGAGUCUUAGUGCCAAGGCAGUUCUAAAAAUCAACCUCCAUGAGAACAUGAGAAACCAUGUGCAGCCAGUGGACCAGGGGGGGUCUCCAAUCAAUAUAUCCAAAAUGAUCAUCAUCAUAUUGGGAGUAAUCGUUGGCAAGCUCCUGGUCAUCAUGGUGGCCUUUGUCACCCGCUGUAACAGGGAAAAGAAAGAGGCGAGACACUCUUACAACUGCCGGGUGGCUGAGUCCACCCACCAGCACCACCCAAAGAAACCUUCACGCCAAAUUCACAAAGGUGACAUCACCCUGGUGCCCACAGUGAACGGCACCCUCCCCAUCAGGGCCCACCACCGCUCACCAUCAACCACACCUCCAAUGGACCGGGCCCAGAUGGGGGUUCCACAGAACCAUCACAGCCGCCAAUCUCUUAAUAGCCUGGUGACCAUCUCGUCCAAUCACAUCCCGGAGAGCUUUGCCCUGGAAAUGGCACACGCAACUCCACCAGUGGAGCAAGUCUCACAGCUUCUGUCCAUGCUCCAUCAGGGCCAGUACCAGCCCAGACCCAGUUUCCGUGGCAACAAAUACUCCCGCAGCUACAGGUACGCAUUACAGGACAUGGACAAGUUCAGCCUGAAGGACAGUGGCCGUGGGGACAGUGAGGCGGGGGACAGUGACUGCGAGAUGGGGCGGGAAUCCCCCGUGGACAGGCUGCUGCUGGGGGAGGGGUUUUCUGACCUAAUGCACCUCGAAAUGCACCACCGACUCCACCCAGCUACGAGACUGUGCACGGAUGAAUGUCGCAUCUUGGGACACUCUGACCAAUGCUGGAUGCCCCCCGUUUCCUCACCUGCAUCGUCCGCAGACUACCGAAACAACAUGUACAUCCCCGGGGAAGAGUCCUCCCAGCCACCCCAGCUAGAUGAUGAUGAGUCUUCGGUGGACUCAGAGAAUCGCAAGAGUUUCUCCACAUUUGGCAAGGAGUCUGGGAAUGAAGAGCUAGAUCUCAGUGGAGGAGGAGGAGGGGGAGGAGGCGAUGCAGCUGGGGGAGGGGCUGGAUCCCUCCUCACAGAGAUGAACUCUGUAUUCCAGCGACUCCUACCCCCCAACAUAGACUCCUACACUGAGUGCACUGAAACAAGCCCACCCUCAUCCUCAUCAACCACAGAGAGGGCAGGCAGUCGUGGUGGCAACAUUGCAGGUAACUACAGUAACAACUCUGUUCCUCAAGACAGCCGUAGAGGUUUGCUCCCCGGUGGUAAGGGUCCUGCUUACCCUCCUGGUGUAGCUGCAUGGGCUGCUAAUACACACUAUUUAAAUCCAGGGAACACAUCUGUGGUGAACAACCAUGUUUCCUCCUCCUCUCCCUCUUCCUGUUCAUCCUCCACCUCCACAAAUGGACAACCACCACACCUGAAAUGGCUGCCAGCCAUGGAGGAAAUCCCAGAGAAUUACGAAGAGGAUGACUUUGACGGUGUCUUCCAUCAGGGUCACCAAAGCAGCAAGCGCAGGGACAGUCGCCAUGAGGCCGGCAUUGAUACUAGCGAGCUGGCCCAGGAGAUCAACAAACUGCUGCAGGAUGUCAGACAGAACUGAAGAGGGGGGAAACAAAGAAGGCCAUGAAAGAUUUCACUACAUUUGGUACAUUCUUGUUUAUUGUGCCAAGCUAAAACUGUAUAAUGACAGGUUUCAUUGACUGCUUGUCAGCUGCUUGUUUAUGGUACCAGAGUUUCUCUUCGCCUCAGUGAUGAAGACUUGCAGAAAACGUAAGACAUGGCUCUGAAAUUUUGAAGCAUUGAAAGCAAGAACUCAAAGAGCCAAUUGUUCAAAAGUUGCUUGAAUGAGCGUUUCCAAAUGAAUAUCCACUGAAAAAAAGUAUCCUUCCUUCAUUUGCAAUGUUUACUGCAGCGUGAACAGACUUGGAGAAACCAACUGUUGUGUGAACUAAGUUUUUGAUUCUACAGUAUACAAUAUUGUAUAGUGUGUCUGUGGAAAAGGCAAACUCACUUGAAUAUUGUGCCAUGUCCUCUGUUUGUUAUUAUGGAAUGUAACUGUACAAUUUGACCUUUGUAUUUCAAAAAUACACUCUUUUUUACUUCUAUAUAUUUAUAUGUGUCGAUGUAUGUAUGUACAGAAAAAGGAAACAAAUGUCUAUUUUUUAUAUUUGUCACUGCAUGUCUUAAUAUCUUUUAUUGUGUCCCUGUGUCCUUAGCCCUUUCUAUUUUGUAAAAAAAAAAUGUAUUUAAUUUUGGUUUUUGAAGGCGUGUUUUGUGUGUGUAUGUGGGCGUGCGUGCGUGUGUGUGUGUGUGUGUGAAUGUGAAUAUUAAAAUCCUAAUUAUUCAAUGCAGUUCCAUGUUGGAAGUGAUUCUGUAUGGUAACACUGUGACCAGUGGGUGAUAAAUAAAGUGGAGGGGGAUUCAUAACAAGGUUAAAUUGAAAAAAAAUUUUUUUUUUAGUGCCUAACAUCUUUGUCGUGUGUAUGUUUUAUUAAAUUAAACCUUUAUGAUUUUA